AUGGUUGAAAGAUUUAAUAAAACAGUUACAACAAUGCUUAGCAUGUUUGUAAAAGAACACCAUCGCGACUGGGAUGAAUAUCUUCAAUAUGUUAUGAUGGCAUAUAGAUCAGCCGAACAUGAAACUACAGGAAUGACUCCCAACUUACUUAUGCUUGGUAGAGAAACUUCUGCACCAUUAGACAUUGCUUUUGAAAUGUCCAAUAGUAUAAAGAAAACUCUGCAAUCACAAUGGGUACGGGAACUACAAGAAAAAUUAGAAGAAGCUCACUCAGUUGUUAGAGAAUAUACUGGAAACUCGAUACGUAGACAGAAAAGAUAUCAUGAUAGAAAAGUUUCUUCUGAAAACUUUAAACCUGAUGACAAUAUUUAUGUUUAUUUUCCAGUCAAAAAGGUAGGAUAUUCUUCGAAAUUCACGUCAUUUUGGAAAGGUCUUUAUGAAAUAAUUGAAAAAUUUUCUGAUGUUUUGUACAAAGUUAACUGUGGUAGGCCUGAAUCGCCUCAAAUGAUUCAUGUAAAUAGAUUGCGAAAGACUAAAUCACAGACACUUAUGUUCGAAGACACAGAUGUAGAAGGUAACACAUUAAUUUUGAAUGAUGAUAAUGCUUUCAUUUCAGAUCAUUCGGAUGAUUCAGAAACUGAAGCUGCGCCAGAGUAA